AUGCGAAAUUCCCCCGGCAAUGGCCACGACCACGACCGGUCUAUUGGUAGCGGCCCGCAUGAAUAUACCUCACUCCUACCUCAGCAAACUCUUUUCGAUGAACAUCGCUUUGGCCCGCGGGGAUCUAAAGACAAGACACAACAGCAUGCUCUUCUUACCGAGUCCUGGAUCUUGCUCAAAAGCGCUAUCCCUAUCAUUCUCGCCUACAUGCUCCAAAUGAGCCUGCAGACCGUCACUGUCAUCAUUGCAGGUCGAGCAUCUCCGCUAGACCUCGCCGUCAGCGCAUUCUCUCUCAUGUUUGCCUUGGUGACAGGGUGGAUGAUUGCACUUGGAGGGACAACUGCCUUGGACACAUUGGCCUCGUCUACCUUCACUGGCAGCAAGAACAAACACGAUCUGGGAGUGUUGCUUCAGCGAGCAUUCCUGGUUCUUGGUGCCCUCUACAUACCUGUUGCUAUCAUCUGGGCGUGCUCCGACCCUAUUUUUCGAGCUCUCGGCCAAGAUCCCGAGCUUUCGUAUCAGAGUUCAAGAUUCUUGACCUGUCUCAUCCCCGGAGGGCUUGGGUAUAUUUACUUCGAGAUCAUGAAGAAGUACUUGCAGGCACAAGGUAUCAUGAGGGCAGGUACUUAUGUUCUUAUGAUCACAUCGCCCCUUAACGCCGUCUUGUGCUAUACUUUCUGCUACACACUCAAUAUGGGCAUCCUCGGCGCCCCCCUUGCUGCAAACAUUUCCUACUGGCUAUCCUUUAUCCUAUUAGUUCUCUACGCAAAAUAUAUUGCCGGCUCCGAAUGCUGGGGUGGGUGGUCAAAAGAGGCCUAUAAGAACCUCGGGACAUUCACACGACUAGCAAUGCUCGGGAUUCUCCAUGUUGGAACCGAGUGGUGGGCAUUUGAAAUCGUUGCGUUGGCUGCAGGUCGGCUCGGAACCAUUUCACUUGCGUCUCAGAGUGUGAUUAUGACCGCUGAUCAAAUCAUGAACACCAUUCCCUUUGGAAUUGGGGUUGCUAUCUCAUCCCGAGUGGGGAAUCUUUUGGGAUCCCGAGAUGCCAAAGGAGCGAUGCAGGCCGCUCACUUGGCCACUAUCCUUGCUUGUUUAUUUGGGGCAGUAGUGCUCGCUAUCUUGAUGGGCACUCGAGACCAUUUUGCGAAAAUUUUCAACAACGACCCUCGCGUGGUAGAGUUAACGUCUGAUAUUAUUCCAUAUGUCGCGUUGUUUCAGAUAGCCGAUGGUAUCAAUGGUGCCUGUGGAGGUGUUCUGAGGGGUAUGGGACGGCAGCAUUUGGGCGCUGCCGUGAACAUUGUCAGUUAUUAUUGUUUUGCUUUACCUUUGGGGGUUUGGCUCGCAUUUCAACAUGGAUGGGGCCUUCAGGGUCUUUGGAUGGGUCAGUGCGUUGCACUUUAUUGUGUUGGAAUUUUGGAGUGGAUUCUUGUUGCGUGUAGUAAUUGGGAUGAUGAGGUGCGCAGCGCAUUUAAACGUAUGGAUCAUGAAUGCUCAAGGGAGGCGCCAGUAGGUGAUGUUUGA